AAAUAGGGGCCGAUUAUUCCAGGCUCCGGUCCUCGGCAUUGCAUUAAAUUAUACACGCACACAAAACACAAGCACAUUGGACCGGAGAGUUGGGUGAUUGUAUUGCUACAAUGAGGCUCACGGAAAUGGAUCUCGUGAGCUGUAUCCUCUUGUCUGUCUUCAGCUACAUCUUCAUCCAAGCUCUUCGUUCGUUACAUGGAAGAAGCAGCAGAGUAAACCACCAACUGCCUCCCGGACCUCCUCCUCUCCCCGUCAUUGGAAACUUGCUUGAACUUGGGGACAAGCCUCACAAGUGUUUGGCCAAGCUUGCCAAAACUUACGGCCCAAUCAUGAGUUUACAGCUCGGCCAAGUCACCACCGUCGUCGUCUCUUCCGCCGAUAUGGCCAAAGGGGUCCUCCUGACACAUGAUCAGUUCCUGUCAAAUCGAACCAUUCCCGACGCUAUGAGAGCCGUCAACCACCAUGAAUAUAGCUUGCCCUUCCUUCCCGUUUCCCCUCGCUGGCGAUCCUUGAGGAAGUUGUGCAACAACCAGUUAUUCGGCAACAAGGUUCUCGACGCUAGCCAAGAUCUCAGGCGUAGCAAGGUGCAACAACUCCUCCAGGAGGUCGAGCAAAGCAGUGUGGCAGGCGAAGCUGUGGAUAUCGGAAAAGCUGCUUUCAAAACUACAAUCAAUUUGCUGUCCAAUACUAUAUUCUCCGUGGAUCUGGUUCAAUCUGUAAGUACAGCGGGGGAGUUCAAGGAGGCGGUGGCCGGUAUCAUGAAAGAGGUUGGAACGCCCAACGUGGCCGACUAUUUUCCUGCACUCAAGAAGCUCGAUCCUCAAGGUGUCAGAAGGCGCACCGCCAUUCAUUUUAGCCAGAUCCUAGAUAUCUUCCACCGCUUGGUUACUCAACGCUUGAAGCUCAGAGAAACCACAGGUUCACUCACCAACAACGACAUGUUAGAUGUCCUGCUUUCAGAAGAGAACAGGCAAGAGAUGGAAGGAGAGAGAAUCCAGCGCUUAUCACUGGAUCUAUUUGCGGCAGGAAGUGAUACAACAACAUCUACGCUAGAAUGGGGAAUGGCUGAGCUACUCCGGAACCCAAAGGCAAUGUCAAAAGUAAAAGCAGAGCUGGAAGAAAGCACUAGGAAAGGAAAACCAGUGGAAGAAUCAGAUAUAGGUAGACUGCCAUACUUGCAAGCAGUGUUGAAGGAGACGUUCCGGCUUCACCCAGCAGUUCCAUUUUUGCUGCCGAGGAAAGCAGAGAUAGAUGUUGAACUGGGGGGCUACAUAAUCCCAAAGCGUGCACAAGUUUUAGUAAAUGUUUGGGCUAUCGGAAGGGAUCCGAGCAGAUGGGAGAAUCCAGAAGAGUUUUCACCGGAGAGGUUCUUGGGCUCGGAAAUCGACGCCAAAGGCCGGAAUUUUGAGCUGAUUCCUUUCGGUGCCGGGCGGCGAUUGUGUCCUGGAUAUCCAUUGGGGAUGAGAAUGUUGCUGCUCAUGUUGGGAUCUCUGGUAAACUGUUUUGAUUGGAAGCUGGAAGGUGGAAAGAAAGCAGAGGAAAUGGACAUGGAUGAUAAAUUUGGCAUCACCUUAGCGAAGGCUCAGUCCGUGCUCGCGAUUCCGUUUAGAGCCUGCUAAUCAUCGAUGUUACAAAUGAAAACCCAAAUAACUGGAGUGUAUGGACUGUGGAGGUCAAGUAAUUGGAUAUGUGACAUCAUUAUCUUGGAGAUCCGUCGCCAGAAAAUCGGUUUAUAAGGCAUUUUUAAAUGUACUUGACAUGACAGCGCAAAGUUUUAAGAUGUAAGAUUGGAAUUCGGAACCUACAAAUAAAAGCCAUUUCCAAACCUCCAAA